AUGCAGUUCUCAAUGUCGACUGCGGAUUAUCCGCAGACGGACGGGCAAACCGAGCGCGUGAACCACGGGCUCGUGGACUUGCUGAAAAGCUACGCCCAGUCGUUCCACAACUGGAGCGAUUACUUGCCGAUGGCCGGGUUGGCCAUCAACAACGCGGCGCAUGCCUCGACUGGGCAUACACCGUUCUUCGUGAAUGCCAUGCGGCAUCCACGCCUUCCGAGCACGCUCGGGGCGGUGGCUUCCUCGUUAAGUGGGGGAGGAUCUACGGCUGCGCUUAAACAACCGCAGAAUACGGCUGAUACGGAUCGGCACAGACGCGGACAAGGUCAAUGGCUGGACCCGGUGUUCAGCUCUCAAGCAAUGGUCUUUGCCCAGGAACGACAAGCUGUCAUUCUGUUUGUACAAGAUGCAAUUGCAGCAUCUGCGGAUAGGCAGAACCUGAACGCAGACAAUGUGGACACGGGCAAGACAAAUUAA